AGAGUUUGAGUCGUAUUUGCAUUGCAUUUGGCCAAGAAAAGGCAAAACAUUUCUAUCACCAAAGCUCGUGUAUGAUCUAUCUUUGUGCUCUGUAAGUAGGAUUCGUUCGGCAAGUAUGGCCUGUUAGAAUAUUUAAUAAAUUACGCCUUCUAGAACAGUUGGUCCUUGUUUGCUGCCCUUAUUAUAUAAUUCCGCGCUCAAUCUUAGGCCAAAUCCAGCCUAGGCGUGAGGAUUUGCAUUGCAAUAUGUAUAUUUGACAACGCAUGUUGUGUAGGAAUAUGCCCUACAUGGAUUGUCAAGUACGGGUUCAUACUCCGCGAAACAAUUUAAACUUUUGAAUUGCUUUUUUCUAUCAUGGAACCAGAUUGAAGUUUCAGUCUCCGUACCCCAUUUUGAAAUUCAAUCUGGCUUGUGAAUAUGUUCUUACUCAUAUUUUUCCUAUUCCUCAAAUCAUGGUUGAAUCUGUGUGCCUAGUUGCAAGACAUACAUCGGUUUUAUUUACAUAUGUCCUGUCUCUAUGUAACAACUUUGUUUGUACUUCUCAGUGCAUUUUUUUUUCUCAACAAAGAGAGCGGGAUAUAAAGUUCCAGACUUUUCCUAUGGAGGCAACCGCCAAGAACAACGUCCUCAUAAUCAAAAGAUCUAGUCCCAUUGUGGUCCAACCAGAAUUCGAAACACCCAAGGGUUCCAUUUUCUUAAGUAGCCUCGAUCAAGUGGCUGUCGUAUACGUGUCGUCCGUUUAUUGUUUCGACAGGAGCGACGCAAAUGUGGUAGACGUGAUUAAGCAAGCUUUGGCCAAAGUUCUGGUUCAUUACUAUCCAGUUGCAGGGAGAUUAGCUAAGAACUCUCAAGGGAAGUUGGUUGUUGAUUGCCAAAACAAGCUGGGAGUCCCAUUUGUGGAGGCAAUGGCUGAUUGUGACAUAAAAAAUAUGGGUGAUAUGAGAAUUCUCGAUGCUGAUGUUUUAGGUAAGCUUGUUUAUAAAGAGCCUACGGAAGAUAAACUUGAAGUUGCCCCCCUUCUAACUGCACAGGUGACCAGAUUUAAAUGUGGAGGUUUCACUCUAGGGAUUGUAAUUAACCAUUGCCUGAUAGAUGGUAUAUCGGCAAUGAAUUUUAUGAACGCAUGGGCUGAAAUAGCAAGAGGCAAGCCUUUGUCCCUCGUCCCUUGUCAUGAUAGAACUAUCCUAAAUGCAAGGGAACCUCCUCAAAUCACCGGUCCUUACGACGACUUUGUUCAGAUAAGUGAUGUAUCAAAUAUGAAGGCAUUAUAUGAGGAACAACAAUUGGUAUAUAAAUCCUUCCACUUUGAUGAUGAGAAGCUGGCAACCCUAAAAAGAAUGGCAACAAAAGAUGAACAGGUAACGAGCAGAUGCAGCAGCUUCGUAGCACUUGCAGCCUUUGUGUGGCGGGCUCGAAGCAUGGCCCUCAAGAUGAAACUUCACCAACAAACAAAGCUUCUUUUUCCGGUUGACUUCAGAUCUAGGCUAAGGACACCAUUGCCCAACGGAUUCUUUGGGAACGCUGUGGCUAUGCCUUGCUGUCUCUGCACCAUGGGAGAUUUGAUUGAGGAGCCAAUCUCUGCUUCUGCGGGAAGAAUAAAGAAGGCGAUCGAGAGUGUGACUGACGACUUCAUACAAUCCAAGAUUGACUUUUUGGACACGUAUCGAUUUGAGGGAUUCCCUAUGGGCACACUUGUCAUAAAUUCAUGGACGAGGCUCGAGCAUGGCAGCACGGAUUUUGGGUGGGGAGAGCCGCGGUUCGGGACCGGGGACGUAUCGAGCUUAACCUGCUUGUUUAUGGCAAAAGGGAGAGAGAAGGGCAUUGCGAUGGCGUUGGGUUUGCCACUUUCAGCCAUGGAUACCUUCGAUAAGCUUGUUUGUGAUUUAAAUGAUGCUUAGUAUACUAAGACUGGCAUUCAAAAUCACUUUACGAAAUGUUACCAACUAGUGGAUCGCCAUAUUCAACGUCUGAAUGGACUCCAUUGUAUCACUUAAUAAAUAAUUUUUAAGAGUUUAGUCUUGAAUACUUAGGAUAA